AACCUCAAAACCCGGACAGAGCGACUGGGGGCGUAACUCACCAGAGCGAACCAAAUAUUUCUCACAGCUUCUUGGAUUUAACAAACUUUUUUGGGGGGAGCGAACUUUGUGACUUGCGCCUACUUUUUGUCCGUUUCUCUAAAAACAAAGUGGAAUAAAUCUUUUUUUUUUUUUUUUCUCAUGCAGCGCAUGGAAACUGUCCUCUCGGUGCACAUCAAGUGCGCAUGCGUGAAACACGGGGUAAACAGUGCUGUUUUGGUUACUGGGUUUUAUGGCCAAACGUUCUUGAAAGCCUAAACGGACAUUAAAGUGUGCAACGCCCGGAUUUCAGAUGUGUCCCAUGCCGGCCCAAGUGGCCCUUCAGUCCCACGAUGGAUACUGGAAAUCAGAGCUUCAACGACGGAGGAGAACACCGCAGGCGGUCAUCGCAGGAGGAUGGAAGGCUGCAGCCAAAGCCAUUGCUAGCCCACGAGGGUGUGAUGGCAUUGGAUCAGAUGAGGAUAACUGGGAGCUGCAAUGAGUACACAGAAGGACCCACAGUUGCCCCACAAAACCGCCAACAGAAGAGUGAUCCAGUUACGUCACCAUUGUCCAGCAUUCAGCAGGACACCCAGGAAGAGAGGCCCAGUGAUGUUCGGUCCCCCAUCACGGAGCACUCUCAGAGUAGCACCAGGACCGGGGUGCGGAGCACUUGUUCGGCUCAGAGGCUCCUCUGCAUCACAGGAAGCGGUGACCAGAUAAUCAGUACGCAGCCCAGGCCAGCAGCGCUAAUUUCAGAUGAAAAACCUGUAAAUGAAGAGCCGAAGUUGUUGGUGACUGUGCCCGGCAGUGGGGAGAGUAAAUGCGCCGGCACGCACUCGAAGUGUGAACGUUGCAGUCGCUGCCGUUGCUCCCGAUGCAGGCGCCCUCGGGCGCUGCCCUCCUGCUGGAUGUGCGGCAGGCGUUGUGUAUGUUCUGCACAGCACGCGGUGGAGUAUUGUACGUGCGUGUGCUGUGUCAAGGGGCUGUUCUACCACUGCUCCGCUGACGACGAAGACACGUGCGCGGACAAGCCAUUCUCUUGCUCGCAGGCGCACUGCUGCAUCCGCUGGACCGCCAUGUCCAUUAUAGCAGUGAUUCUCCCAUGUCUCAUGUGCUACUUUCCAGCUAGAGGAUGCGUCGCUGUGUGUCAGAGUUGCUACGACCGAGCUACGCGGCCCGGCUGUCGGUGCAAAAAUGUAAUCCACUGUGAGGCUGUGAGCAAGCCAACAUAGAAUGUGUUUGCGUGUGAGCGAGUGACUACGUUUACAUGUACAAAUUAAUCAGGUUACGAACAUUUUUCGGUCUCUACAUACACUGGGUUCAAUUAGUCUUUGGCCAAAUGACAAUUCUCGCAAAAUGUUAGUGAGAUUUGAGUUUGAGUGAAUAUUUUAGGAUGAAAAAAUGCACUCUAACCUUUCCAGGUGAACUUAAUUUCCUUCUCUAAACUUUUAAAAUCAACUCUUCAGUGUUUCAGUACUUUUUGCACAACUUGCUCCUCUGAACUGUAAAACUCACAAUGGGUGUUUGAUCCAUAAAGAAUUUCGAGGACUUCUUCCACCUCUGUGCCUUUCUGUGACUCUUUCAGUCUCUCUGUUGCAACCUGAUGCAGGCACUUUGAUAAUCUAAGAUGAGUUGCCACUUCCCUCUGACAACAUCCUGUUUGAAGCUGCGCAAUGGUCCAGGUACUGUUGAUCAGUUGCUUGUGCGGUCUGGGUCUCUUGAUGUCAAAUCGUGAACGGCAUAAUGAAGAGGACUGUGAAAUACUAAGUCUAAAUGAACUUGAAAUGUAUUGGUUGAUUCAUGGGUCGAACAUUUGUUUUGAAUUUUGGACAGUUAUACAUAUGCAUUCCAAUGUUUAGAGAAAGUCAUAUUACUGGAAGGUCACCUGUAAAGGUUAUAGUGCAGUUUAGGUUCAUCCUAAAGUUUCACCCUAAAGCCAAAUAUUAUAAACUUUUUGUCAGUAAUGUACAUCUCCCUCCAAAGGCGUGGUGACGACGAUUCUCCUUUCAGCUUGUUUUGGUGUGGAAUUUUCAAAAAAGAAGAGGUUGCAUGUGAUUGCUGCUUGCUAACUGGUACAAGUCUAGUGGUUAAAUGGGUAACUUUACAACUCGUUACAUCUCGCACAUGCCCCAUAUUUAAUGGUUAGAUUUUUAUUUUUAUUUUUUUUGCACAAAAGAGAUCUUCCUUGACUCUUGUGGUCAUGGUGUCACUUAGAGGCAGAGAAAAGAAAUAUAAUACUUUUGCACACUUUAAAACAUCGGACAUCACAUAAUUAUUGUUAUUAGACUCAAGAUUCACAUUGUUCAUAUGAACAGUAGGGAAACAAGUUUAACCCUGUACAAUAGAAUUCUUACUUUGCUGACAACAUGGAUGUCAAUGUGUAAAUAAUUGUAAGAUAUACAAAGAAAAAACUAAAUACAAAUAGAGGCAUAACAAUACAAAAUAAAGGAGUCUAAAGUGGCAGAUCUGUAAAAAAAAAAAAGAACUGGAAAACAUGAGAUAUGCUUUAUAUGCAAGUUAUUCCAUCCAUCCAUCCAUUUUCUGAGCCGCUUCUCCUCACUAGGGUCGCGGGCGUGCUGGAGCCUAUCCCAGCUGUUAUCGGGCAGGAGGCAGGGUACACCCUGAACUGGUUGCCAGCCAAUCGCAGGGCUCAUACAAACAAACAACCAUUCGCACUCACAUUCACGCCUACGGGCAAUUUAGAGUCUCCAAUUAAUGCAUGUUUUUGGGAUGUGGGAGGAAACCGGAGUGCCCGGAGAAAACCCAAGCAGGCACGGGGAGAACAUGCAAACUCCACACAGGCGGGGCCGGGGAUUGAACCCGGGUCCUCAGAACUGUGAGGCUGACGCUCUAACCAGUCGUCCACCAUGCCGCCACAAGUUAUUCCACUAAGGAAAAUAUACAAAUUGUUGUAAUGUCACAGCAACACUAGGCUGUGCAAGGUCGAAGUGGUGGCAUUUGAGAAAUAUAAAAGAAAAAUUGUUGAUAUGAAUAAAGUCUAAAAUAUAUAAAGUUUGAUUAAAUAGGUACAAUACUGUACUGGAUGAUCUCGACACUCAUAUUUACUAUUUUUAUAAUAGGAGCCACAGUUGAAGAUGAUUACAUGUUUAUUAGUGUAGUCUUCUAUUUUUUUAGUCAAUAGUGAAUAAAAAAUGCAGUUUUAGUGUUAAAAUACACCCGUUUGGUUUGUGGAUACACUUUGCAACUUUGCAUCACGUCGCUUUUUCAAGGUGAUGUUUCGUAGAUGUUCCACCACUUUUUAAACUUGUUUCUCUUCCAUCAGUAUACUUUAGAAUAUUGACUUCUUUAAUAUGAUGAAGCAUGAAUUAAUUUCCUUGUCUGUGCAAACACGGCCCACACAUGGCUUCCUCUGCUUCUCUUGCGAAUUAAUGUAAAUGUUUCAGUCAGCCACAGAGCACAUGCAUAGAAAGCUGGCGUGGAUAUUCAAUCAUUGGAAGUUUAUACAAACCAGAGGAAUUUGAUUUCUAAUCAAAUAGUAUAGGUGGGUGUGAAUUCAAUUUUUUUACACAUUUAGGUGUUUGCAUGUGUUUUAAAAGUGUGGUGUGAAAUUAUUGCGAUAGACGGUGUUUUUGCACGUGCAUGUACCAAGUGAGUGAAUAUGAGAGUGACUGAAGUCUUAUUGUAGUCAAGUUGUUGAAGUGGGAUAAGAGCGUCUCCAUGCCUUGAAGUACUGCUGGCCUCGUGGGUGCAUGACAGCAUUUUGAGUCGUACUUGAAAAUAAUACCAAAACAAGCGCUCCACUCUUCUGAAGGCAUACAGACCACGUUUGUGCCUUGCAGAAUUUCUAUUACCUCUGACAUGGAGGUUGCAUGUUUUCAACAAUGGUUGUGUGUUUCUGAGCAGGAUUACACAGAACUAUGAAAAUGUGUGGAGGGAUUGGACACAGCCCAAGAUAGAACUAACUACAUUUCAGUGUAAAUCCAAAUACAAGUUAGGAUCCAGCAUUUUUGCAAACAUUUGCCUUGAAUUUCCAUUGCUUGAUGCAUGAAACUCGAUGUCAAAUACAAAAUUGAAGCCGUACAAUUUGGUGCUGAUCCCAAAUGCACUCAAUGAGUGCCAUUGUAGUUAAAACUUCAAUGAUUUAAUUCUCAGAACAGACUUCUAACAACUAACUGUGUGUACAUUAGUGAGAUGCUUUAUUUUUGUACAUAGAAUACUUUCAACUGUGACACCUUAUUUUUACAUUCCCUGAAAUGUAGAUUUCAUCACUUCUCAUUUCAGGUCAUUUGGUUCAGAACUAUUGUAAUGCCUUCAGUUUCUACAAUUGUACAGUGACCUAUAAAAAAACAUUUCUUAAUGUGAAUUUUAAAGUAUAUAUUUAUUUUAAGGUUUAUUUUAUAAUGGAAAGUAUUUAUUUGUGUCACUGCUGGAGAAUAGCUGAGUGUCAAUGAAAAGGCAACUGUAUUAACAUUUCAAAUAAAAUAACCUUGAUGUCU